AUGAAUCUCCGACUCAGACACCAAAAGGCUCCCACCGUCGAGCAAGUCUGCUCCGGCACUGCUGGCUCGACGGAAGACAAUCCAAUCGAUGCCGUCGUCAUUGGCGCUGGACCUUCUGGAAUGGUCGCUCUGCGAACUCUCGUCCGCGAUGACCCUCCCCUUGCCGUCAUGGCCAUCGACCGCCAAAAGGGUCCCGGAGGUAUCUGGACCGGCCAUAUCCCAGCCUAUUCGACUCUGCAGGACUUGAAGUGUGAAUAUGAAGUCCACGGAGUCAAGUUCCCUCAACAACAACCACUGAGAAGAGCACCACGAGACCAAGUGGCUGAAUUCUGUGAGGCUUACCACCACGAAUUUGGCUUGAAGGAGCAUGUCCUGUGGCAGCAUGACGUGACUUCAGUCGAAAUGGUCAAGCCUAUGCUUCACAAGGUCAAGGUUGAGCCGUUUGCGGAGGGGGUCGCUGAGGCUGUCACGAUGACCAUCUAUACCAAGAGCGUCCUUGUGUGCACUGGUCACAAUAUCCACAAAUAUGUCCCUCAGCUGCCCGGUCAAGAAACGGCAACGUUCCCAAUCAAGCACAACAACGAGAUCCGAGACCCUUCUGAACUUCCAACCUCGGAUAUCAUUGUCAUUGGAGCCGGUCCAUCAGCGAUGGAUAUGGUCCAGGAAGCAUGCAUCACGCAGAAAGCAACCAACGUUCAUGUGGUGGCUCGUAUUGCCCAUUGGGGAGCGCCCGACAUGUGGUGGCCAUGGAUGUGGCAGUUCGGAUGGUCCGAGUUACAUCUCCUCCGCGUUUUAUACCGACUCCUGCCUCUUUACGUCGUUGACGCGCUCCUCUACUACCUGAACCUGAUCUGGGCCAUUGUACACGGCAUUCCCGAAUGGCGUCCUCCCAUCCGAGAUCCUGUCUCCAGCAAAGUCGCCUACAUCCUCCGCACGCACCUGCUCCCGCCCUACAAGAAAGGGCAAUUCAAAAUCCACAAUGACUGCCGCAUCAAACUCAUCGAGGGUGACAAAGUCACCCUGACUGACGGCACCGUGAUCUACCCCAAGAUGAUCGUUGCGGCGACUGGCUGGUCGACCGACUCGUCUUUCCUCCCAGGCGGUACCAAAGCCGGCGAGUAUGACUCUCUUGCGGCAGCGGAUAUCCCGAAACCGUUAUACAUGCGCUUCUACGACCAGGAACAUCCAGGUAUCUUUUACAUCUCCAUGUCGAAUGGCUUCAUGGCGUAUACGGAGAACGCGUCCUUUCUGGCUCAGGCGAUCAACCAGAUCUUGAGGGGAACUUGGACGCCACCGUCGGCCAAGGAGAUGAAGAGGAACUGCAGGGAGGUGGUGUUGCACCAUAUUGGCCUGCCUGGUCGUUUGCAGACGGAUCUUGAAGAGGCUGGGUUCAAGGAUCUCCGCACGAAGAAUAUCCGAUAG